CUCCGAGUCCUGGGCGGCUGGGCCGCCAUGAGCCUGUUUACAAAUUACAGCUCAGCUGCUGAAGUCCAAGAAGCUGUAGCCUGUAGGCACCACGCAGAGAGGGCGCAUAUCCUAGCAACCCUGUAGCCUUCAGGACGAGGCAUUCAGGAGCCUCCCCUAUCCGUCCAUCUCCCAUCUGAAAGCAGGCAUCCUUUAUAAUGGCGGAAGAGAUGAUGGACGAACUUUUUGGAACGUCCGACAAUGAGUCUGAUGAGGAGGGCAGGAACGUGCAGCAGGGUGUUGAUGAGAUCAUGAGGAAGCAUAUCGAAAGCCCUACAAACAGUGGCGAUGAGAUUGAAGCGAAGCCAAGGAAGAGGAGGGCAAGACUGGAGAGUGAUGAGGAAGAAGAGGAUGAGGAGAUGGAAGCGGGGCCUGGCUCGGGGCAGCGGCGAAAGAGUGACGUAGCAGGACCCAGCGACCUUGAGAAGAACCUUAUGAAAGCGACUGGCCUUGAAUCUAGUGAUGACGAGGAGGAGGAGGACGCGGGAUUGCACCAGAGGUCCACCGAAAAGGACAUCCUUCGGCAAACGGGGCUUGAGUCAGAGGACGAAAUAGAGGAAACCUCGGAGAAGGAGGACCGGGGUCCGCGCAAACCCGAGAAGGUGUACGGACCCCCGCUGCACUUGCAAGUGCCGUUGAAGCCCCCGCCAGGAAAAGCAGAAAACCUUGUUGUUCUCCGGUCGUCGAAUAUCCUCACAGUCGAGCCCAAGCGUUUCGACCCGGACACUUUUGACGAGGACGAAGUCUAUCUGGACGAGAAGGGACUAAAGAGGGUACGCCUUGACGACAAUAUUGCACGGUGGCGGGAAGUACUAGAUGCUGACGGAAAUGUCAAGAGGGAGAGCAACGCCCGCUUCGUCAAGUGGUCAGAUGGCACGUGGCAGCUGAUGAUUGGCACGGAGGUGCUCAACAUGCAGAAGCAGAGCAUGGCCGGUGACCAAGCGCAGCUCUUUGUCAAACACCCACGGGGGUUACUACAGGGUCAGGGCAAGCUGGUGUGGAAGAUGCGGCUGAUGCCGAGCAGCCUGGACAGCAAGUCGCACCGCAAGCUGACGCAGCUGGUGGACAGCAAGCACAAGAAGGUGUACAAGGUCAAGACGGUCGCCACCACCGUGGACCCCGAGAAGGAGAAACUGGCGCGGGAAAAGGCGGAGCAAGACCGGGUGGAGGCCUCAGAGAACCUGGCGCGGCGGCAGGACCGGCACAUGCGCAAGUUCGCUGGAGAGUACGAUACGUACAGCAGGGACAGGGAUGCGCCGAGGGCGCUGAACCCGGACUAUUUGGAGGAGCUGGAGGAGUCGGACGACGAAGACGGCGGCGGCCGGGCGGACCGGCGGCGGCGAGACUUUGAGGAGCGGAUGGCGCGCGAAGAGGAGGCGGAGCAGCGGAUCAUCCGGGCGAAGCGGGAGUCGCGGCCGGCCGCAAGGGAGCCGCCGAGGAAGAAAAGCCGAGGUGGGAGGGAGCUCGAGACGGACAGCGAAGAGGAGGAAGAGGAGGAGGACAUCUUCUCGGAAGAGGAGGACAAGUACGAGGACUCGGAAGAAGAGGCCAAGGAGCAAAAGAAGCGGGCCAAGCAACGGGCGAAAGAAGUUGAAGAACCGCCCGCGCGGAAAAGCACGGGCAAGAAAGCGGGGGGUCGGAGAGUCGUCAUGACGGACAGCGAUGAGGAUGAUUAGGGCGCCCCCUUCCGACCCCAAGAGGCUGGGCCUAUGUCUCGAAAAACUGUUGUGGGUUCAGCAAACGGCUGCGGUUGAUUGUAUGUUUGUAUGUUCUUUGGUCAAGAGCCUGUCACUCUGGCACUCCCAAAGUGGUACUGAAACAUGCAGAUCAUGGAAGCUCUCGCCCGCCAAAAGCCUUCAAUAGGAUGAUCGCAG